AUGAGUCCAACACCAUCUAUAAGCAAGGACCGCGGCGCGGAAUCUCCGCCGCGGCCGCCGGGAGCUGCGCCGACUGUUCCCCUGAAGAGCCCCGCGCGGGGGGGAAAGGAGCUCAAGAAGCGCAACGAGCGCGCGGGGAAGGGCUUCAAGGGCGGCCCGCAGAACGCGCUGUUCACGUUCCGCGGAGUGCGGCAGCGCAGCUGGGGGAAGUGGGUGGCGGAGAUCCGCGAGCCGCGCAGCAAGCGCCGCCUGUGGCUGGGGUCGUUUCCGCGCGCGGCGGACGCCGCCAUGGCGUAUGACGUGGCAGCCAGACGACUGUACGGCUCUGGCGCGAAGCUUAACUUCCACCAGGCAGAGAAUGUAAUUGGCGUUGGCGGCGAUCCACACCUACGAAUUUCGGCACAGAACCAGCGCCAACGGCUCAUGCAGACGCUACAGCACCCUCAGGUGUUAUCCCAGGUGUUACCCCAGGUGCCACAGCUGCCACAGGCGCUACAGCACCCGCAACUGCUGUCACAUGCGCUGCAACAGCCACAGGUGCUCUCCCGUGCUUUACAGCAGCAAUUGCAGGCGCUACAGCAGCACUCACAGGCGCUACAGCAACCUCAGUCGCUACAGCAAUCACAGGCUCUUCAACACCCUCAGGUGUUUUCACAAGCUCUGCAACAGCCACAGGUGCUCUCCCAUACGCUACAGCAGCCAGAGUUUCUAUCACCACCGCUACAGCCGCCACAGGCGUCAAUGCGUGUGCUACAGCCGUCCACUGAAAUGGCUGGACUCACGGGAAGCAGAGCCGGGGCACUCCGGGAUCCUCUGCACACUAUGCUGCCGGGACAGCCGCUACAGCUGCCACAGCUGCUGCCACGGCCACUCGCACAGGUGAUACUACAGCCGCCUCAGUCACAGGCACAUGCGCUACAGCCGUCCCCGCUGCUGACAGAGGCGCUACAACUGUCUCGACUGCAGGCACACUCGCUACAACAAGCUCCCGCUUGUUCAGCACAAGAGGCGCUACAGCCACCAUUGCUGCCACAGGCGCUACAGCCGUCACCGGAACGUUCCACGCUACAGCCGCCACAGGUGCUACAACUGCCACAGCUGCCGGCACAGGCGCUCACUCCCCAUGGGGUUGCCUAUAUCGCCCGGCCUUCAGGACAUGCUGAUUGGCCAAGAGAUUGCACGCCUACUGAGGAACCCACAAGGGGAAAGCACGGUUGGGCGUCAAGGUAA